UGCUGAUGUAGCUCCGUUACAUAUUUCAACAGCAUCGCAGACGCUAGCAGACUCUCACUUUCACGUUUCUAUAUCACUAUCUCGUCUAGCUUGAAAGCUUCUCUUCGAGAUAUUAUUUUGUCGAAGUCUGUAAAGGGAUUUUUUUUAGUUGUCGCCAUUUUUGUAAAGCUUCUUUUUAAAAAAAAAAUUCGUCCGCGUUAUCAGCCGCUGGUCGCUAUAUAUAUCUGCGUGAGGCUAACGAGGCUAAGCUAACGUGCUGGCCGUGCGCUUGCAACCGUAUUUAGCUAAAGCGACAUAAUUGAAGUCAAGCGGUUCAAAUCAUGUCACCGUUUUCCUGAGACUCCUCUCACCCGGUUCUGGUCGGUGUCAUGGCAAAGGGUUGUUUCUGAGGAACCAAACCCCCAGUUCUGAACCUGCGUGUCGGCAGCGUGGAGACAUGAACACGUCGCUCGGGAAGAACGGGUUAAUCGGGCUCGCUGUAGGAGCUGCAGCCGGCUUGGGCUUGAUUGCCUUCAUCAUUUACAAGGAGGUCAGUAAGAGAAGAUCCCAGAAGCUGGCGAUGGAGGCCCGGCCAGCUCCCAGGCUGCUGGACGGGCCGGAUGGAGCUGCGCUGCUGGGGGAGACGCUGGAUGCUCAGGAGAUGGAGGCCGAGCAGCAGGCCUUGGCAGCAGUGGAGGCGGUGGUCCAGGGUCUGUCCCCGGAGCAGCAGCUGGAGCUCAGGAACCAGCUGGACCAGGUGUUGACCUGCGUUGGCUCUCUGCGCUCAGAGGUGGCUGAGCUGAGGGGCGGCCUGCAGGAUAUCGCCUUGCAAAUCAUCCAGGAUGUCAAAAAAGGAGUAGAGGACAGUCAGCGGGUACGUCGGCGGCGCCAUGUUGUCCACAGAGAGCGCACCGACUCCAACAGCUCCAGCUCCAUCUACUUCACUGCCAGCCAGGGUAUGGCCAGCGCAUAUGAAGAGACCAGCGAAGGAGGGUACUCUACGGCCUACGCUGAGUCAGACUACACCGAUCGUGACACGGACAAAGAGGAGGGCGAGCGUGAGCCUGAACGAGAGUCCGAGGAAGAAGAGGACAAGAGCUGUGCCACAGUCCUCACCCUUCGCCAGGAAGACUCUCAAGAGGAGGAGGUGGAGGAGAGAGGGCUGGAGGAGGAAGACGAGGACGAGGAGGAAGAUGAUGUGAGGAGGCUGCAGCUGGUCACUGAGGUUCCCAGCGGGGAAUUAGCUCUCCUCCUGGCUCAGAGCGACAUCCUCCACACAGGAGACGCCAGCUUAAAAGCAGAAGGUUUCCGACUGCUGCUGGACAACAGAGCUGAGUAUUGCGACAGCCGGGAGUUUCUAUGGCGACUGGCUCGGGCCUACAAUGACAUGUACGAAUCCACUGAGGACAAACAAGAGAAGAAGACCUUUGCACAACAAGGUCGAGAGGAGGCAGAACUGGCCCUGAACAAGAACGGCCUGAACGCAGAGUGUCACAAAUGGUUUGCUGUGCUGACAGGACUGACCUCCCAGUAUGAGAGCAUGCAUGGCAAACUGAAGAGUAGCCACAUACUAAAGGAGCAUCUGGACAGAGCCAUCGCCCUCAGAGACGAUGACCCCAUGUGUUUCUAUCUGCUGGGCAGAUGGUGCUAUGAGGUAGCCACUCUGGACUGGUUGGAGAAGAAGGCAGCUGCGGCCCUCUACCAGAGUCCCCCAGCCUCUACACUGCACGACGCUCUCGAGAACUUCCUCAAGGCAGAGGAACUCAGUCCAGGUUUCUCCAGGACCGUGAGGCUGUACAUCGCAAAGUGUCACAAGGAGCUGGGAAACAUCUCUGAAGCCACAAACUGGGCUGAGCUGGCCUUAAAGAUGCCCACAAACACUGAUAAUGAUGAGGAAACACGUAAACUGGAGGCUCAGCUCGGAGUUUUAACUGACAUCCAAGCAGUAGGCGGAGCUGCUCGGCUGAAGGACUGAUUGGCCACUCAGGACGUCAAUCAGAAAUGCUCUUUCCCUUCAUUGGUGGAUGUGUUCAUUAUACUGUCACUGUGAAAUGAUGGAGUUUAUUGAUGUUUUAUUUAUUUUCUGCAAACUUUAAUAUGAAUCACAUAUUGUAUCUAAUAUAUUUAAAGUUUUUUUCAAUACAAUUUGUUUGCCUUUUUAAACAGAUAAUUGGUGAUAAAACAAAGCAGGUUUUAUUUGCCAGCACUUUUGUCUUAAUUGAGCAGCUACUUGAGGGAUUAGUUGACUUAAAAAAAUAAUUUCCCUGCCAGGCAGUUUUGGUUUGAUUUAUUCAAAAACUAAUCUAAGACAACUGGCUCAAAAUGUAGACAAAUAAAGCCACUCCAGGGAAGAUAACUUAAUUAUUUCUUUAGUCUGAUUUCAUGGGGGGGUCCAACUAAUUGGACUCGGAUGUGUUCUUGGAGGGUGAAGAGCUGCUAAUCCAGAUUGAUCAGGGACGUUUAGAUUUGCAGUCUAAUGUACUUUCCUCUAAAUGAAUUAAAAAGUAGUUGUUCUGAUACUGUGGUGUUGGGUCCAUCUCAGUUGCCCUUUCAUAGAUGUUUGUUUAGUGAAGCUAGAUAAGUCAUGUAGCUGUAGUGAGAGCACUGGGGGAUUUAAAAAAAAAAAAAAUCAGAUCAUUAAGUCUGUAAACUUAAUCUGCUGAUGUUCAGUUCCCUCCACCUUUAAAUCUUAUUGAUUAUCCAAGUAGAUGGUGUAGUUGAAAGUGACUAUACCGGACCACAGUUUGAGGUAGAAUGAAGUGACUGAAGCUCUAUUGUUUGGUUGUAACUGUUAAAAAUCUAAUAUUUCUGUGACCCCUCUUCUUUUUUUCUUUGCUGCCUUUGAAUUGAGUAUUUCUACACUCCUACGCCGUGAUCUAACACUAGAACUUUGCACUUUCUGUUUUCUAAUUUAUUUUUGUUCAUUUAUCUGCUUUGAGGUACGAGUGGAUGUCACAGUGAUGAAGAUUCCUCAAUACUGUGAUUCCACGAAGAAAAGUUAAUAUGCACUGAAGUGAAAUGCAGAUAACAUUUAAUAAAAUUAUUUUUUUGCAUUUA